AAAUUUUUUCCCACUAUAUUGCAUCGGAAAUAUUUUUCUGUCUCCGUCGUCCCUUUAUCGUUUGGGUUCGUCUAAGUAUCGUCGACGGUUCUUUUUUCUCCGACGAAAAUACCCAAUUUCCCUCCAUUUUCUUUCUAGUGACGAAUCUCCCAAAAUCAUAGAACGUCGGUAUUUUUUAUUUUAUUUUUAUUUUGGGGAAUGGCAACGGCAGCGGCGACGAUGGUCAGCUCCGCUGGAGGUUUAUUAGCGAUGCUUAAUGAGAGCCAUCCACAAUUGAAGUUCCAUGCUGUCACUAAUCUAAUCAGUUUCGUUGAUCAAUUUUGGCCAGAGAUCUCCACCAGCAUUCCUAUUAUAGAAAGCUUAUAUGAAGAUGAAGAAUUUGGCCAGCAUCAGAGACAACUUGCUGCGCUACUUGUCUCAAAGGUCUUUUAUUACUUGGGGGAACUCAAUGAUUCGUUGUCUUAUGCUCUUGGAGCUGGCCCCCUUUUCGAUAUUUCUGAGGAUUCUGAUUAUGUUCACACUCUCCUUGCCAAGGCAAUAGAUGAGUAUGCUAGCCUUCGGUCAAAGGCAGCAGAGUCUAGUGAUGGAGCAGCGGAGAUUGACUGUAGGUUGGAGGCAAUUGUAGAGAGAAUGCUUGACAAGUGUAUUAUUGAUGGAAAAUUCCAACAAGGGAUGGGAGUUGCAAUCGACUGCCGGAGACUGGAUAAACUUGAGGAAUCAAUAAUAAGGAGUGAUAAUGUUCAUGCCACUUUAGCAUAUUCCACUCAUGUCUCUCAUUCAUUUAUAUAUCGCCGAGAAUACCGCCGAGAGGUGCUUCAGCUUCUUGUUAAAUUGUACCAAAAAUUGCCUUCUCCUGAUUAUUUGAGUACUUCUCAGUGUCUCAUGUUCUUGGAUGAACCUGAAGGUGUUGCCAAUAUAUUGGAGAAACUUCUCCGCUCUGACAAUAAGGAGGAUGCUCUUUUGGCUUUCCAAGUUGCAUUCGAUCUUGUGGAGAAUGAGCACCAGGCUUUUCUCUUAAAUGUAAGAGAUCGACUUCCCGCUCCCAAAUCUCUGCCUUCAGAAUCAUUACAGCCAGAAUCCAGUGACCCUGCUCCUAUUCAAAAUGAAAAUUCUACUGCUGCAGAGGAUGUUCAGAUGAUAGAUGGUUCUUCUGCUUCUAUGACGGAUGUGCUUGAGGCUGAUCCUAAAGAAGUUAUGUAUGCUGAGAGGCUGACAAAAAUCAAAGGAAUUUUGUCUGGAGAGACCUCAAUACAGUUGACUUUACAGUUCUUGUACAGUCAUAACAAAUCGGAUCUAUUAAUUUUGAAGACCAUAAAACAAUCUGUUGAAAUGAGGAAUAGCGUUUGUCACAGUGCUACAAUCUAUGCAAAUGCUAUAAUGCAUGCUGGAACAACUGUGGAUACAUUCCUGAGGGACAAUCUGGACUGGCUGAGUAGGGCUACAAAUUGGGCCAAAUUCAGUGCAACAGCUGGGCUUGGUGUUAUUCACAGAGGACAUCUGCAGCAGGGGAGGUCUCUGAUGGCUCCAUACCUACCCCAAGGUGGGGCUGGUGGUGGUGGGAGUCCAUACUCUGAAGGUGGUGCACUGUAUGCUUUGGGUCUCAUUCAUGCCAACCAUGGUGAAGGCAUUAAGCAAUUCCUUCGUGAUAGCCUACGAAACACUAAUGUUGAGGUUAUCCAACAUGGUGCAUGCUUAGGUCUUGGUUUGGCAGCUCUGGGAACUGCUGAUGAAGAUAUCUAUGAUGAAGUCAAAACUGUGCUUUAUACCGACAGUGCUGUUGCCAGUGAAGCUGCUGGCAUCAGUAUGGGUUUGCUUAUGGUUGGAACUGCAAGUGAGAAAGCAAGCGACAUGCUUGCUUAUGCACACGAGACACAACAUGAGAAAAUUAUUAGGGGUUUAGCUUUAGGGAUAGCUCUUACAGUUUAUGGAAGGGAAGAAGAAGCAGAUACAUUAAUUGAGCAGAUGACUCAGGAUCAAGAUCCUAUACUACGGUAUGGUGGCAUGUAUGCAUUAGCAUUGGCCUAUAGGGGAACCGCAAACAACAAGGCUAUUCGUCAGCUGCUGCACUUUGCUGUAUCGGAUGUGAGUGAUGAUGUAAGGAGAACUGCUGUUUUAGCGCUGGGGUUUGUCCUAUAUUCUGAGCCAGCGCAGACUCCUCGAAUUGUGUCUUUACUAUCUGAGUCUUACAACCCACAUGUUCGAUAUGGUGCGGCACUUGCAGUGGGCAUAUCAUGUGCUGGCACAGGAUUGAGUGAAGCCAUAUCAUUGCUAGAACCCUUAACUUUGGAUGCUGUUGAUUUUGUUCGUCAAGGUGCCCUCAUUGCAAUGGCCAUGGUCAUGGUCCAGAUCAAUGAAGCAAGUGAUUCACGUGUUGGAACAUUCAGGCGACAACUGGAAAAGAUAAUACGUGAUAAGCAUGAAGAUACAAUGAGCAAGAUGGGAGCAAUCUUGGCCUCUGGGAUCCUUGAUGCUGGUGGGAGGAAUGUGACCAUAAGAUUGCUUUCCAAGACAAAGCAUGACAAAGUCACCGCCAUUGUUGGUCUUGCGGUUUUCAGCCAAUUUUGGUAUUGGUAUCCUCUCAUCUAUUUUGUGAGCUUGUCGUUCUCACCCACAGCUUUUAUUGGACUGAACUAUGACCUGAAGGUUCCAAGAUUUGAGUUCUUAUCCCAUGCAAAACCUUUUCUUUUUGAGUAUCCUAAACCAACUACUGCUCCUACCACUACAUCAGCUGUUAAACUUCCAACCGCUGUCCUGUCAACUUCAGCAAAGGCUAAAGCUAGGGCAAAGAAAGAGGCAGAACAAAAGGCUAAUGCUGAAAAAUCAUCUGGGCUGGAGUCCUCAUCCUCUUCUCUGAAUACCGGAAAAGGGAAACCAUCUAGUGAGAAGGAUGGGGAAGUUAUGCAGGUUGAUAGCCUUCCAGAGAAGAAAGCAGAGCCGGAGCCAGAGCCGACAUUUGAGAUUUUGACCAAUCCAGCCAGAGUGGUUCCUGCUCAAGAGAAGUUCAUCAAGUUUCUAGAAGACAACCGAUAUGUGCCCGUGAAAUCGGCACCAUCCGGGUUUGUUCUUCUUAAAGACCUGCGCCCUAAUGAACCCGAGGUGCUCUCUCUAACAGAUGCACCUGCAUCAGUAGCAUCUCCAACCACUGGUCGACCAGCAGUAGGGCAACAGAGUUCUUCAUCAGCUAUGGCGGUUGAUGAUGAACCUCAGGUCCCGCAGCCUUUUGAGUACACAUCCUGAUUUCUCUGGGUUAUGAAGCUGAAGAGGGUCUAUGAUUUUCCCAGAAUCGGGCAGUGUUUUGUCGCAUUACAGCUUUGCAACUUUGGAAUUUCACGGUAAUUUAGUUCAUGGCAUGUUAUCUAUUUAUUUGUUUACUUAAAUAUCCAUUUUAAAGUGAUCUAUUGAUCUUAUUUUUCUAUUGUUUCCUUUUCGUUGUGUUUCAUUGAAAUGGUUACACGUUUUAACCAUUUAAGUUAGCUGGAAUAUGUGAUAAAAUAUUAAUAGAUACGCACCAGUACCUCAUAUAUUUAAUAUUUUUUUUACAUUA